GGGCCGGGGCCGGAGGCAUGUCCGCCUUCUCCGAGACGGCGCUGGAGAAGAAGCUGUCGGAGCUGAGCAACUCGCAGCAGAGCGUGCAGACGCUGUCGCUGUGGCUCAUCCACCACCGCAAGCACUCGCGGCCCAUCGUGACCGUGUGGGAGCGCGAGCUGCGCAAAGCCAAACCAAACAGGAAGCUUACUUUUCUCUACUUAGCCAAUGAUGUCAUUCAGAACAGCAAAAGAAAGGGACCAGAAUUUACUAAAGAUUUUGCGCCAGUUAUAGUGGAAGCUUUCAAGCAUGUUUCAAGUGAAACUGAUGAAAGUUGUAAAAAGCAUCUUGGACGAGUGUUAUCUAUUUGGGAAGAAAGAUCUGUUUAUGAAAAUGAUGUAUUAGAACAACUUAAGCUAGCCCUGUAUGGUGACAAGAAACCUAGAAAGCGGACUUAUGAACAGAUAAAGGUGGAUGAAAAUGAAAACUGUUCCUCUCUGGGGUCACCAAGUGAACCACCUCAGACUCUAGAUCUCGUUCGAGCAUUGCAAGAUCUAGAAAACGCAGCUUCCGGGGAUGCAGCAGUUCAUCAGCGGAUAGCUUCUUUGCCUGUUGAAGUCCAAGAGGUUUCGCUGCUAGAUAAAAUUACAGACAAAGAAUCUGGAGAAAGACUUUCUAAAAUGGUAGAGGAUGCUUGUAUGUUGCUGGCAGAUUAUAAUGGCAGACUGGCGGCCGAAAUAGAUGAUAGGAAGCAGCUCACUCGAAUGUUAGCAGACUUUCUUCGAUGUCAAAAGGAAGCCCUUGCCGAGAAAGAGCAUAAAUUGGAAGAAUACAAACGCAAGCUAGCCAGAGUUUCCCUGGUGCGCAAAGAACUCAGGUCCCGGAUCCAGAACCUGCCAGACUUAUCUCGGUUGCCCAAUGUCACUGGGAGCCACAUGCACCUGCCCUUUGCGGGAGACAUCUACAGUGAAGAUUGAGGACCAGUCUCUUUCCAGGGCCCAGGACUUUGCAAGAGAUGGAGACAGGUUAGGUGGAUAGUCCUGUAGCAUUAUUUUUGUAUAUUGUUGAGAAAGUGACACUAACAAAAGAAACAAGUAAUUUAUAAAAUGGUUCGAAAUGUUGGUUUGUUUACUAUUUUAUUGGUAAGUGAACAUAACUUAGUUUUCAAAAGAAAAGUAAUGAUCUCUGUGUAUUGAUAAGCUCACAAAUAGUGAUUAUUUUCAAAAGAUCUUUUUGUAAAUUUUUUUUUAAUUCAAGGCCUUGUGAGAAAUUUCAUGUUUCUAUUCAUGUAUUUCAAAUGUUUUUAUUUCCUUCAAUACCCAAUCACUGUAUAGUAUGUAAUUUAUAAA